AUGAAAAAAAAUUAUUUAUUUUUAUUAAUUAUUUUUUUUACAUUUAUUUUAAAAUGUAAUUCACAAACAAAACCACUUCCAUCAGAUCAAAUGGAAAUGGCAAAAGAUUUAUAUUACCAAAUUUAUCAAAAAAAUACAACGGACCCAUGUUUAGAUAAUAAUAUGUUUACAUGUAAAUUAAUUAAUGAUGGUGUGAAUACAGGAAUCUAUACAAUCACACAAUUAGGUUUAAAAAAGAAUAACGAUACACUAUCGAUAAUAACAAAUGCCAACUUUUCAGUAUUUAAGAAUGCUACUUAUAUUUUAAUUGGAGACGGUAUUAUUUUAGAUUCAAGUUUAUUUAAUACUUUACCAAAUUUUUAUAAUAAAGCAUCAAUUUAUAUUUAUAAUGAAUCAAUACCAAUUCCAAAUGAUAUUAUUAUACCAAUAAAUUUAAAUCAAGUUACAUUCACAUUUAUUAAUGUUCCAAUUCCAAGUAAUAUUUUUAGUGGAUCAAUUGAGGUAUUUAAUAUUUUAGGAAUUGGGUAUGGAUUUUCAUUACCAAGUUUAUUACCGGAAAAUGUAGCUUUAAAAAGGUUUAGUACAUUUUUAGGAUACUAUUCUCCUUUUCCAAGUAAUGCAGGAUCAGCUUUAAAAAGUUUAACAUCUUUAAGAUUAUCAUUUAAUAAUGAUAUUACUGAAAUUGGUUAUAAGAAUUACAGUUUCCCAACUUUUCAACCAUUUAAUAAAUUACAAACACUUUAUAUUACAUUUAUAAACUUUGGAGAUGAUUCAAAUUCUCAAUUAUGGAAUUUUGAACAAUCAAUUACAAAUUUAACAACUUUAAAUGAUUUUCAUAUUACCGGUAAAGGUUUUAUUUUAAAUCCAUCAUUUAAAUAUACUGAUUUUUCAAAUUUACCAGAAACCUUUUUUAUUUACUUUUCAAAUGGAUGUGAUUUAAUUUCAAAUUGUAUUUCAAAACCAUGUUUGAAAUUACCAAAAAAAUCAGGAAUUUCAGUUAUUGGUUGUGAUUUUAAUAUUAAAAAUAUUGAUUUUACAAAUGUUACUUAUAUGAAAAUGCAAAAUAAUGAUUUUGAACAAGAAUUACCAACAAACGAAGGUGGUGAUAGUAGUAAUAUUAAUUAUUCAACUACAAGAUUAGAUUUUCAAGAUAAUGUUUUAAUUGGUAGUAUACCAGAAGGGUAUUGUCAAUUCUAUAAAUCAAAAUAUCCAACAUUAAGUUACAAUGAAUUAACAGGUGAAAUUCCAACAUGUUUUAGUUGUAUGGGUGCAAAUUAUACAAUUACAAAGAAUCUAUUACCAAAUCAAUUUACUGAUUUUAAUGAAAAAUCAUUACCAACCAAUUGUGAAACUUUUAAUUUCUCAUUAGAUUAUAAUAAAAUUGUUAAAACUGAUGGUUCAACUAUUAUUACUAUUAAAGGUAAAGAUUUUGGUUGGGAUUUUAGUUUACCAUCUGGUAAUAAUGAUAAUGUAACUUUAUUAAUUACAAUACCAAAUAAUGAAAUAACAUUAUCAAUUCCAAAAGGUGAAGGAUCAAAUAAAACAUUUAUUGCAAACUUUGGAUACCAAUUUAAAUUCUCUCAAACAUUUACAUAUUCUUAUGAGAUACCAGUAAUUACAAGUUAUUCAUUUGGAAAUGAUUCAAAAUUUUAUUUAAAUGGUAAUGGAUUUAGUUUUAUAAAUAAUAAUAGUAUUACACUUAAUGGAGUAUCAUAUAAAUUUACAAUUGCUACUGCUGAUGAGCAACCAAGUGGUAAUGGUUACUCCUCUUCAAUUUCAUUCAUAGAUGAUGGUGGUGAAAUUAAUAAUCCAAUUGAUUCAAUGUUAAUUGGUGAUGAAUUUAAUGUAUCUAUUAAUGUUGGUAAUCAAGUAUCAAAUAUCGUUACUUUUUAUUUAUAUAAAUCAAUUUCAAUUUCAUCUUUAUCAAAUAAUAAAUUGAAUAUUAGUGGUAGUAGUAGUUUGGUGACAGUCACAUUUGAUGGUGAAUUUGGUACUACAAAUUCAAAGAUUGUUUUUGUAAGUAUUAAUGGUAUACAAUGUAUUGUUAAAUCUGUAACUCCUCAAAGUUUAACAAUUUCAUCUUAUCCAUCAGUUCCAUCAGUUGGUAAAUAUCAAAUUUCAAUCAAUGUUGGUGGUUUAAUAUUCACUGAUCAAAUAGAAUAUAUUAAAACUCCAACUACCACAAACACCACAUCCUCUGAAGAAAAUGGUCAUGAUGGAUCUUUUGGAUCAUUAUCAUCACAACCAAUUUCAUUAUUAUCAUUAAUCAUUUUAUCUAUUAUUUCUUUAAUCACUUUACCAAAAUAA